AUGGCCGAGGAGGAGCAAGUGCAGCCGAAGGCCGAGGGGCAGGCGGAAGCGGUGGCAGAGGGCGCGGAGCGGGCGGCCGAGGAGGCGCCCGAGAAGGAGAGUGAGGAGGCGGAUGGGGAGGCCGAAGAGGGCCCAGGCGGCCCCCACGACGACGCACAGGAGGGCGCCGUGGAGAAGCAGGAUCUCGACGAGCUACCAGAUCUCGACAUGAAGAAAUGCGGCCUGCCCUCAGCCGACACUCUGUUCGCGCUUGGGGAGGAGGCUCUGGACACAACCACCCAAGUCAACAAUGGCAUCGUGAAGUCGAUCGAAGGUUUCCCGCGCAAGGUCAGGACCCAGAACGUCGACUUCGGUCCUGCGGGGGGCGAGCCGCAGGGCGCCAUUGGCGAGCUCAAGGCUUUCGUUUCGCUCUUCGUCAGGGUCUGCGGGGAGAUGCUGCCCGACGUUACCGCGUGCGUGCCGCAGAUCGACCUGGGAAUGAUCGAGGAGGGCAAGUUGAAGAUCGUCUGGCCCACCUUUAAUUGCGACAAGCUCAGCGUCGAGCUGCGCUCGAAGGCCGAGAAAGCAUGGGAGUGGGUCAAGAGCAUGCUGACGGAGAUCAAGGACUUGACUUGCGACGGGUUCGCCGAGGUUCCUGCUAUCGUCGAGAACUUCACCGCCGGGUGCAAGCAGUUGUCCUUAUCGAAGCUGCUGGGGGGGGGCCAAGCAGAAUUGCAGUGGCCUCUCCGAAGCCGCCCAGCUGGGCAAGGCCGUGCAAGCCCGCCCACAUCCAGAUGGCCAAGGACAACAUCAUGA